UGUGCGUGAUGGCGGCUGCUGAUCGCUGACCAAGAUAUUCCGAGAGGUCUGACGUUAAAAGAGAACAUAAUUUAUCAUUUUGCUGUGGUGCAAAUUUGGGAUAGGGUCAUUCUCUUAUAACGAUGGCUGCUGCUAAAGCAUCGCCGGUUCACAAAAGUCGGACUUAUGGCCAGGCCCAGCAGCGAAUUCAGACUUCCGGAGGGGUCAACACCAGUAGCGGCCAACAUGUAGGGUCCCACUUCUCACGUUCCGCUCCUCAGGCCAACAGUGGGACGGCCAUGCCAGGGUUCAGGAACAUGGACCUGUAUGCACCAGAAGAUAUUGACAUGUAUGGCCCAAACCGGACUAACCGUCAUGGUCAGCAUCGCUUAAUACAAGAAACCCACAAAGUGACUCAAGGGCAUCCAGUCGACCCCUUGCAUGUUCCAUCUACAGAUGACAACUAUGAGACACAGCAUCUGAGGGCACAACUAGGAGGGAUAGGGGUUCUUCAAGAACUGCUUGAGGAUCAAAGACAGGAGAUUCAAGAUUUACAGGAGUGUUUGGAGUUAGUGGUAAAAACUGCCGAGGAGAAUGGCACUCUUGAGGAUCCAGUUUUGCUAGAGAAACUUGAUAGAGUGAGGGUUGGUAGUGUUACAUUGUCGGACACACAAUGGUCCAUGGAACUCAAGAGACCGCCACCAUCGUCCAUGAUGUCACAAGCAGAUGGAAGGGAUCAGAUUUCAAGAUUAACAGAGCAAUUAAAAGCCAAAGACAUUAAAAUCAAGACUCUUGAGAAGAAAAUUAUAGAACUGAGAGAGGAAUUGCAGCUCUCUUCGGAUGAGAAGUCACAGGAAAUAGCGAGGCUGCAAGCUCAGCUUCAGAUCACGUCACAGGAUGGUCAGACAUCCAAGGAUCUAUGCCAGUCCUUGACAGGAGAAGCAGAGGUUCUGAGGCACAAGCUUCAGACCAUGAUUCAACAGUGUCAGGGACUAACAUCUGAGCUGACGGACUUCAAGAAGAAAAAGCUCAGGAAUGGACAGGUUGAGUCCACACCAGCCAUGAUGGAUACCCCAGUGAGCGUGGAGAACCAACUGAAGAUCCAUAGGAGACAGCUGGAGCAGCUGGAGCGUGAGAAGGAGCAGCUCUCAGACCAACUGAAGGAGGUGAUUCGGAUGAAUAAAAGAUGGCAGAAGUACAGCCAGCAGCAGGAUGCUGCCAAAGGGGAACUGACACAGAUCAGAAUUGAUCUGGAGAACAGGAAUAAGGUCUUGGAACUGCAGUGCAAAGACUAUGAGGAACUCAUGAACAAACUACAGAAACAGCUCCAGGAGAAUGAGGAGUGCGUUAGACACCGACGGGUGGACAAGACGGAAGCAGCGCACAAGGAUGACGUCAUCAGGAGGCUUCAGAAGGAGGUCAUUGACCUCGAACAAGACAUCCGCAAAGCUAGACGAGAAAGCAUGAAGUACGACACUGAGGUCGUCAAACAACAGUUGAAGCAGUAUACAGAAGAUUUCCAAAAAGAACAUAUUGAGAAGGAAAAGCUGAAAAGGGAGCAUGCCAUCUUGAACAGGAACCAUCUUGAAGCAGAAGAACUGGUUAGACAACUGAGUCGACAACUUGAAAUUGCUAAAAGAGAGACACAACAACUCCAGCGGGAAAACCAGCAAUUACAGGCAGAUAAGAGAAUGAACGCUGGUUACGUAAACGCGAUGCCAGAUAAUCUAGUUUAUAGGGAAAGACGAGAAUUGACUCCCCAUGGCCUUGGUCAGCAGAAUUCUGUCAUCUCAUUGGAGAACUUCCCAACACUCCCCCAGGACGUCGAGCACGACGGCCCUCCCAACGGACCCCUGUCCGCCCCAUCUCGUACUCUGGCACACCUGUCCAUGGUCUCACCCCCGGUCUCCCCUCCCACAGCGUCCCCGUCGUCAGGCAGGGACUCGGUGGACUGUAACCAAGGUCAAAGGUCGUCAUUCAGCGACGACGAGCCUCUCCAGUGCCCUCGGUGCUUGAGGGAAUUCCCCGUGGUGAAACACUCAGACUUCAUGAGGCACACAGAACAAUGCCUUGACAAGUGAUAAUGGCCUGAGGGGUGAUGUAGGGACAGUGCUUUGAUAA